AGUCAGUGCUGCGGGGCGAUCAGGGCUGCGGGGCCCUCAGUCAGUGUCAGUCAGUGCUGCGGGGCGAUCAGUGUCAGUCAGUCAGUCAGUGCUGCGGGGCGCUCGGUCAGUCCGGGCUGCGGCGCGUGUCCCGGCCUGGGCCGCUGUUGGCGGGGGGAGCCGCGCUGUGUGUGUAGCCGCUCUGUGCAGCUCGGAGCGUCGGCGCCAUUUCUUGUGGGCGGGAGCUUCGGAGCUGCCGUCACGGGCGCAUGAGCGGCCCGGGUCGCUGAGGAGGGGCGGUGCGGUGCCGUGCGGUGCGGUGCAAAACCGGACAACUUCUGUGUGGCCGACACUCGGAGCGGUCUGGAAAGGGCCGGUGCUGUCGGGCCGCGCGUUACAAUCUGCCCCAGAAAGGUGCUGCCCUGCGGCGUAGUUGGGUUUGAGGGACGGGCUGAUACCGUGACUGCAUCCAGGGCAGCAGGUGUCAUGUGGUCAGCAGACGAAAUCGCCGGGUUAUGUUAUGAGCAUUACAGGACGAGGCUCCCUAGGCAGGGAAAGCCAGAUCCGAGCAGAGAAUGGACUUCGCUGGCAGCUGUGGUCAAAGUGGAAUCUGCAGCUAAUGGAGACAGUCCCGCUGGUCUGGGGAGCCCGCAGGCCAAGGAGGUUGUUGCUCUCGGAACUGGAACAAAAUGUAUUGGACUAAACAAAAUGAGAAAAACUGGAGACAUUCUGAAUGACAGUCACGCAGAAAUUGUGGCCAAAAGGAGCUUCCAGAGGUAUCUUCUCCAUCAAGUGCGCCUGGCGACUUCCUCCCAACGAUGCAGCAUCUUUAUUCCAGGAACUGAAACUGGGAAAUGGAAACUCAAGCCAAAUAUCAUCUUUAUUUUCUUCUGUAGUCAUACCCCGUGUGGUGAUGCUUCUAUUAUUCCAAUUAGGGAAACAGAGAACCAACUUUCUAAAUCAGUGAAUGGAUGUGAUGUAGCUGGACAGUCAGUGCUGUGCAGUAGUAACUGUGAUCACAGGGGCCCAGAAGAUAAAAGGAAAUCAGAGAAGAUGGCAAGUAGUCAUAUGAUCAAGAGAAUGAAGAAUACUGAUGGUGGUUUUUUUUCCAUGGUCACUGAGGACAUGGCUGUUGAGCAAGUAUUUGUGAAACCAGAAGGCGAUGUGAAUCUGGAGUGCUGUGAAUGUUCUGAAGAGAUGCAAGCAGCUAACAAGGAGUCUAACACAGGCAAACAGAAGGCAGUAGAUGUUUAUAGAACUGGAGCAAAAUGUGUACCUGGAGAGCGGAGUGACAGCCUAAUACCUGGCAUAGACUAUCACUGUGUGGGGUUAUUACGGGUGAAGCCAGGUCGUGGGGAUAGGACGUGUUCUAUGUCCUGCAGCGAUAAACUGGCUCGCUGGAAUGUGUUGGGGUGUCAAGGAGCCCUUCUGAUGCAUUUCCUACAGUAUCCAGUAUAUUUGUCAGCAGUUAUAGUGGGGAAGUGUCCAUAUAGUCAAGAAGCUAUGCAGAGAGCAAUUAUUGAAAGGUGUCGACACAUCUCAUUGUUACCAGAUGGUUUUCUUGCUCAGGAGGUUCAAUUGCUGCAGUCAGAUCUUCAAUUUCAACAUAGCCGUCAGGCCAUCCAAGGUCAGAUUAGCAGCAAAAGAAAACUCGUUCCCUGUAGUGCAGCUAUCAGUUGGAGUGCAGUUCCAGAGCAUCCUCUGGAUGUCACCUCAGAUGGCUUUCGGCAAGGAACUACAAAGAAAGGGAUUGGAAGCCCUCAGAGCAGAUCGAAGAUCUGUAAAGUGGAACUGUUCCACGAGUUCCAAAAGCUGGUGACAAGCAUUUCAAAGGAGAACUUACCAGACACUUUGCGGAUGAAGACUCUGAAAACCUACUGGGACUACAAGGAAGCUGCAUUAAAUUACCAAGAAGCCUGGAAGGCAUUACGCAGCCAGGCACUGCUGGGCUGGAUCAAGAAUGCACAGGAAUAUCUGCUCUUUACAUGAUAAUAAAAGUAGUUGUGUCAAUCCAGCAAUAAGCCGUGGAACACAGCAGGCAUCUCUAAUGAAAUGUCCACUAGUUCCUAUGCUGUAAGAAGAGAGGACUGAGAAGGAAAGCAAUUUAGAGGACUCAUUAUUUUGAUUGAUCUGUAGCCCCCUUUUUAUUGAAAUAUAGAAAAGGAUUGUUGUGUACUUAAUUCUGAGAUGCAUAAAAAAAAAGGAAGCAGUGAUGUGCUGUCCUCAGUUUCUUGAUAUUAUGAUCUCUCAGAGUCCACUGUAAUGGAAGUAACAUUAACUAAAAUGGAAGCAGUGCUAUGGAAGAGGCUGCUGCUGUGAAACUUUAGUGCUUCUUUUCCUUCUACUCUUCAUGAUGCUGAGGUUGUUCUUGUGAUGCUGGGGCAGCCUUAAUGUAAGGAAGUUGUAUUUCUAUAACUCUUGGCCUUUCUUGUGUGGAAGAAUUUUCUGUCUCCCAGGCCCAUUGCUCGUCACUGGGAGUAGUUCUUUUCAAGGGUCAUUCUCAGGAAGUCCUUUGUAUAAGCUACUGUUGUGACAAGGAGCCAGAGCAGAAGCAAAAGUGUGCUGGGGAUAAGACUGUCAAGUAAUCGUGCUUAUGGUGUUCUGUUCAUGUCUCACCAUUUCAGUACUUUACCACAUACCCUUAAUCUGUUGUGCUUCUGUGGACAGGAAAGACACUUCUAAUCCUCUGCAAUUCCAAGCAAACAUUGACAUACACUUCAGUGUUUCAAGCA